AUUCACUCCCAUUUCUCUACCAAACUUCUCUCUCUCUCUCUUUCUCUACAAUGGCCACUCCAACGUUUCUCCUCAAGGACGAGCUCGACAUCGUCAUACCCACGAUUCGAAACCUCGAUUUCCUCGAGAUGUGGAGGCCUUUCUUUCAGCCCUACCAUCUAAUCAUUGUCCAGGACGGUGACCCUUCGAAGACCAUCAAGGUCCCUGAUGGGUUCGAUUACGAGCUCUAUAAUCGUAACGAUAUUAACAGGAUUUUGGGUCCUAAGGCAUCUUGCAUUUCCUUCAAGGACUCUGCUUGUCGCUGCUUUGGGUAUAUGGUUUCUAAGAAGAAGUAUAUCUUCACCAUUGACGAUGAUUGCUUUGUUGCUAAAGACCCAUCUGGCAAAGAGAUCAAUGCCCUUGAACAGCACAUAAAGAAUCUUCUCUGCCCAUCAACUCCCAAUUUCUUCAACACCUUGUAUGAUCCUUUCCGAGAUGGUGCAGAUUUCGUCCGUGGAUACCCUUUUAGCCUUCGCGAGGGUGUUCCAACUGCUGUUUCUCACGGCCUCUGGCUUAACAUCCCAGAUUAUGAUGCCCCCACACAGCUUGUGAAGCCUCUUGAGAGAAACACUAGGUUUGUGGAUGCGGUUAUGACAAUACCAAAGGGCACCCUGUUCCCCAUGUGUGGCAUGAAUCUGGGAUUUGACCGUGAUCUUAUUGGCCCUGCUAUGUACUUUGGACUCAUGGGUGAUGGUCAGCCAAUUGGACGCUACGAUGAUAUGUGGGCUGGCUGGUGUGUCAAGGUGAUAUGUGACCAUUUAGGAUUGGGAGUGAAGACAGGGUUACCCUACAUUUGGCACAGCAAAGCAAGCAACCCGUUCGUGAACCUUAAGAAAGAGUACAAAGGCAUCUUCUGGCAAGAAGAUAUCAUCCCAUUCUUCCAAGCGAUCACUCUUCCCAAGGACUGCACCACUGUGCAACAGUGCUACAUUGAACUGUCGAAACACGUCAAAGAAAAGCUCGGGAAGAUCGAUGAAUACUUCGUCAAGCUAGCCGAUGCCAUGGUGACAUGGAUUGAAGCUUGGGAUGAGCUCAACCCGGGCAAGGGUUCUGCUAAAUGAAAAGCUUUGACUGGGAAUGGCAAUAGUUCAUCUAUGAUAUGAUGAUUAAUUAGUGUUCUUAAACAUUGUAAUCUUUAUUUUCUUUGUAUUUUCUCGAGAUUUGUCUCAUCGAUGAUUGGGUCUAGAGAUUGGUUGAUGUAAUGCUUUAAUACUCUUGAAAUUUUGAUGUGCUUUAGAAUAAUAAAUGAGAUAUAUACUUCAUUCAGUUUUGAAUUUACA